AGAUCUCCCUUUUCUGUUGGUAUUCGCCUAUUUAUUUAUAUAUUUACGGCGCACAGCAGCUUCUCUGCCUUCGUUAUAUCCACUAAGAGAACAGGGGGAAAAAUACUCGCCCUCGCCGUACACUCCAGCCCAUAUCCCUGAGAAGAACACACACCAAUUACAGAAAUGAACGUUUACACCUCCGAUGGGCUGCUGGUCCAACAGAUCUCCAGCGCGGACGCGCAGGCCCUUGCCCCAGAACAAGGGCAGCAGCUCAUCUCCAUCUACCGCCUCUUCCUUCAGCUCCACCACGCCGGCAGCGGCGCGAUGCGAAUAAAGGACAUGUUGAAGCCCGAUGCGGCGGACUCCCCCGGCGAAAGCGGCGUUGACAAGGCAGCAGACCGCCGCGCGAACACCGCACGCGGCGCCGCCCCCCACAACUGGAGUUCGAUGCCCGAGGCGGCCUCCGCCUACUCCGGCAGCAUCGCCGCCAUCUCGUCCGGUAUGCCGUACCCGAUGUUUCUCCUCUCGUCCAACGCCAUUCCAGAGAUGCACCGCCUGCGUGGUUUUCCUGCCGGACGUCCGCCGGCGUCGACGGCAGGUGUACUGCUGUGCAAGAACAACAAUCGAAGCUGCAACGGGUGCGAGGAGAUCCCAUUGCGCUGGAGCCUUCUUACGAAGCAGCAGCAGCAGCAGCAGCAGUCGACCGCAGGUUACGGCCUCGCCAGCACCGGGGUGUCAAGCAACGGCGGUGUCGACGCACUGCAUGAGAAGUCCGAGAGAAGCCCGCCCCGCGGCUCCGGUGCCGCUGCGGAUGGCGUGUCCGGCGUGACGGCGUCUGCGCGGACCACCAACGCAGAGGCGGCGGGUGGCGACGGCGUUCAUGGGGGAGCGACGGAGGGUCACACACGCUCCUUCGCCUCUGGGUGGAGUGCGGCCGAGCUUCAGGUGCACACAACUCAUCGCAUGCUGAUCUGCGUAGCGACGGAGCUUCCGUUGGAAGUCGACAACGUCGUGGAAGAUGGGAAUUCCCCGCUGGUGUUCUGCUGCUCUGUGCUAUCGACGGCCUGUUAG